AUGCCAUUCUGCGCCCCCCGGAGGAAGCGUACAGCUGAAUUCGGAUGCCUCUCCGAAAUUUAUAAGCCUCCUGAUGGUCGGCUGACCAAGGAGACGCAAAUCGGAGAGGGCGGCACUGGAGCCGUGUUCAUGGGCCAUCACCAUCGCAGAGGUAAGGUAGCCGUCAAGAUGGCCAACAUCACUCGGGAUGAGGAGUCAGUCUGCCGAGAGGUAAGCUUUCUCCUGAAGUUCAGCAGGCACAGGAACAUCGCCUCUUACUAUGGAGCUUAUUACCACCCUGCUCCAAACGAGGAGUCAUCGGAGUAUCUGGAGCUUGUCCUUGAGUACUGCAGCGGCGGCUCCCUGUACAACCUGAUCGACAGCACCGAAGGCCAAUCCCUGAAGGAGACCUGGAUUGGCUAUGUCUGCAGGGAGGUAUUGAAGGCUCUCAACCACAUUCACCACCACCGGGCCGUUCACAGGGACAUCAAGAGCCCCAACGUGAUGCUCACCAAGAAGGGGAACAUCAAACUCAGUGAGUAAAACUUAUAGUUGUAAGAUGAAUGGAUGGGGGGAAGCUUCUGUGGAUAUAAAGUACAAAGGGUAUCAUGAUACAGGUUUAUAUCUUAUUGCCCUUAAAAUGAAUGAAUUUUCCAAUUAUAUGUUUAAUCUGUCAUUUCAGUCGAUUUUGGACUCUGCUGGGACCUGGACCCACAGACAGGGAAGUGCAACCAGGUUGAUGGGACUGCGCACUGGAUGGCGCCCGAGGCUUUUAGGAGGAGGGACAGGGAACCGGAAUUUGACAACAAAGUAUGUUGUAGAAGCAGUAGGAGGACCCAAUGGCAUUUAUGUGUCUGCACAAAUGGGUGCUGCAUUCAGUAAAGGCCAAUUCAGUUACAUGAGUGCUAAACAUGAAGCCAUUGGGAACCCCCCGGUAACAAGUAACUAAAUCAUACGCUAACCCAAUUCUAUCCUAAUGCUCUUUGGUGUCUUCUUUUCCAGUGUGACAUCUGGUCCCUUGGAAUCACUGCCAUUGAAAUGGCCGAGGGAAAAACACCAUACGCCGAUCAGGAACUAGUGUCGGACCUGAUCAUCAACAACGACUCUCCGAGGCUCAUAUCAAGGACCUGGUCUCAAACUUUUGUGUCCUUCUUGGAGUCGUGCCUUGAGAAGGAUCCUUCCCGGAGAUGGAGUGCGGAAGAGCUCCUGCAGCACCCGUUCAUUACUGAACUGCCCCCUGCGAAGACCAUCAGGGCUGAAAUCGAGGAACACCUUCGGGCUGUGCAGAACCGGCCGGCCAAACAAGGAUUGAGAGCAGUUCGCUGGGCCAGGGAACAGCUACGGCGGGCCAGGGAACAGCUACGGCGGGCCAGGGAACAGCUACGGAGGGCCAGGGAACAACUACGGCGGGCCAGGGAACAGCUACGGCGGGCCAUGGAACAUCUACGGCCUUGCUGGGCCAUGGAUCAUCUAUGGCCUUGCUGUGCCAUGGAAAAUCUACGGCGAGCCUGUGACUUCUGCGCAACUGAAACAUCACUAGAACAGAAGGAUGCUCAGCAAAUGGCCCUGGAGGGUUUUGCCUGUGUGUGAUCCUGUGGCCAAUAACAUCAAGUGCCCAGGGUGAGUCUCCUGUAUACCAUCCAAGGAGAAAGGAACAUCUGCAGAGAAAGGUACCAUCUCUCCUUCUUCUACUGCUCCUUUACCACUAGGCUCUUUCCUCAGACUACCACACCUCUAGCAUCUGUAGCUCCAUCAACACUAUCCUUGCAGCUGCCCCAGCUCCUCCACAGUGGCGUCUCCUCUUUAAAUAACUGUAACUCCACCAGCAGUCUCUUCCUUUAACAUCUGCAUUCAGAUCUGUUUUUCUAACUGUAGAUCUGUCAUCAUAUCUCAGACUACCACUGCUCUACCAAUGAUGUCUUUCCUUUAAUAUCUUCAUUUCAAACAACCACAGCAACAGUAAUACUCACCACAGAUUUCUACAGAUUCACCAGUGGCAUUCACAUUUUUUAAACACCACAGCUCCACCAGUGGGACCUUAGAGUCAAAUUACCAUAGCUCCACCCAAGGUCUCUUCUCUUAAUUUUAGCUCCACCACCUGCCUUCCCUUUAUUUGUCAACUCCUCAACCAGCAUGCUCUUUGCCUUAUUCUAAUCUCUUAUUUCUCUUCAGCUAGUCUCUUCCAUUUAUCUUCUGUUCACCCUCACACACUUCAAAUCUCCCACUGUAGAGACAGCGACACCUCCUCUCUAAUCCCCUCACAUACACACUGACAUAAACCCUUAGUACAAGUUGAUCCAGGGACUUGUCCGAUUGCCCUUUUGGGAGUCAGGAAGGAAUUUUUUCCCCUCUGAGGCAAAUUGGCUCUGGCUUCAGAUGGUGGUUUUUCGCCUUCCUUUGGACCAACUAGCAAAUAGGCAGGUUUCUUUUAGACUAAAAUUUAAUACAAACAAAUAAAAUCUAUUUUAUAAAUAAAGCUUUAAUACAUA